UGUAUUUAUAACCGUAGUGAACACACUCAUUCUAUCCUCUGCAGUACCCUUUAUUUUUUUUUUAAAAUCUCCCAACAACAGUUCACGAGAAAACAUGAAGAACAAUAAUACUCAUCGGAACUCGAUUCCCGGAAAAUCUUUGUUCAUCGGAGCAGCUCUGUCUGGUCUUAUAGUCGGCGCGCUUCUCAUUUCCGGCUUCAUCGGCUCGAGAUCGGGAAACUCUCUGUUCUGUUCACUAGCCGCCGUGAGAAUCGGCGGCGGCGCGGCGGCGAGUAUUCACACUCCGACGCCGAUCCAGCUCCAGGCCAUUCUCCACUACGCCACGUCACGCGUGGUCCCACAGCAGUCUUUAGGGGAAGUCACGGUUUCCUACGACGUGUUGAAGGCCAGAGCUCCGUGCAACUUCCUAGUGUUCGGACUCGGCCACGACUCGCUGAUGUGGACCUCGCUGAACCCACGUGGCAAAACGGUGUUCCUCGAGGAAGAUCCGAAGUGGUUCCAGACGGUCCUCAAGGACUCGCCGUACCUGAAGGCCCACACGGUCAAGUACCGAACCCAGCUCUCCCAGGCCGACGAUCUCCUCUCCUCGUACCGCUCCGAACGCCUCUGCUCGCCGUCCGAUGCGUACCUACGUGGCAACACGCGGUGUCGUUUGGCGCUCGAGAAUCUUCCCGACGAGGUGUACGAGACGGAGUGGGAUUUGAUAAUGAUCGACGCGCCGAGAGGGUACUUCGCCGAAGCGCCAGGUAGGAUGGGUGCGAUUUUCUCUGCGGCGGUCAUGGCGAGGAACAGGAAGGGAUCCGGUGUGACGCACGUGUUCCUGCACGAUGUUGAUCGGAGAGUAGAGAAGGCUUUUGCUGAAGAGUUUCUUUGUAGGAAGUACUUGGUUAAGGCUGUCGGGAGGCUCUGGCAUUUUGAGAUUCCGUCUGCGGCUAAUAACGCUAGUGUUGCUGGGAGUAACUCAGUUACUUUUUGCUGAGUUUAAUUCUGUGAAGAGUGCUGGGACUACACAUUUUUCGCAACAAAUGAUUAGUAGUGUUACUUUUUCUAAUAUGAACUCUUUUCUAUUUACUAUUUAUAAUUCCUUAUCGUGAAAAGAGUAUUUUUAUUUUGUUAAACUAUAAUUAUGCUAUAAAAAAGAUAGGAUACCCCCAUAAACAGAUGAAGAAAGGUUUACCCAUGGGUUUUUGGGUUAAAUGAUAACAAUUUCUAGUAUUUCAUGAAAAGUUAACUAUGGUUGUUUUAUUCUGUAA